GUUGCCAUGGAGAGAGGAGGAGGUUGGGAAUGGGGGGCUGCUGCUAGGGCCACCAGCACAUCCCCAGGCCCUGCAGUGAGGAGUCAGGGGUCAGACUGGACCCCAGCUCCCCAGAUCCUCCUCCUUGCACUUCUUGAAGGUAGGGCUGACAUCACCUUUCCCAAGGAGCACAAGCUCACCAAAUAGCAAAUAGAUUUAUGACCAAUGUCUUGUAAGCACACAUAUCCAACAUGUCACCAGCACACAGCGCUGUAGAGGAAGAGGGUCACCAAGAGGACAAGGGCCUGGAGCAGGGUGACACGGUGCAGCACUGCUGGUAGUCCUGGGGCAAGGCAAAGAGUAGAGCAUGGGGGAACACUGUGAGCAAGUGGGGAGCCCCCCAGCAGCUCAGGCUGCACAGGGCCCACGCAUGAGGCACCCUCUCCUUCUCGUGCACCAACACCAGGGAUCAGGCCAGGUAAAGAUGGGCAGUGGCAGCCUCUGUGCUUCCCCUGCUGGGGGGUGACUGGGUGCACUGACAGGGACAGCCAUUGUGUGUCUGAGGGAUGUCACCACUGCAUCACAGACGGGGCCCUGUUUGAGUGGUUCCAUGUGGUGUCCCUUUAUCUGAAGAGCAGCUGGGAGAAGGAACUGGGUAGGAGCAGGGUGCUCACUGCAUCUGUCAGCCUCCAUAAUCCCAGAGCCCAGGUGCCCUUCAGGCUGGUCAUGUCCAUGGCACCAUCACAGGGCCGUCGUUAAGAGCUGAGUGGUUAUGCUGGUGGCCGCACACUUCAUGUGACUUCCAAGCAGAAGAUGAAGCUCUGGAUUCUGGCAGUCACGGCAGUCCUUCCAGUCCUCAGUGUCUUGGGCCACUGGGACCACAGGGUGUUCUGCACCGUUCCUCUGCUGGGCAUAGUGGUGCUGACCAUCCUCAUGGCCAGGAGGCGCCGAACCAACGCCAAGGUCCUUGCUCCCCGGGCAGGGCCCACCAAGGCUGGCAAUCCGCACAACGUCAACUUUGCUUUCUGGAGCAGGGCACAUCAGUAACGAAGAGCAUGCAGACCAACAGGAGCACGGAGCAGAGUGGCAGGAAGGGGCCCGGCCCCACAUUGCACAACUCGUGCUGCUGGGCCGGGCUCUCCUCAUGUCCCCAAGAGCCGUUCCGGGCCGGAGCAUCCCAGCGCUGCCAGAGCAUUCCAUCAGAAGACCCGAGUGGUGGUGCCGAGCCUUUGCUGUCCUGCAGCAGAACCAGUCCCACCAGAAGAUCCAAACUCAGCUGGUUGAGGUCACGUGGAAAAGGACGGCACAGAAGCAGAUUGCACAGGAAAGCAGCCUCUGGAAGAAGCUUGCCAUGGGAGAGACAAGGAGGAACUUGGGGUCCAGCCGCCAGCUCAGAGCUCCUCGGGAACCCACCCUCCACUGACAGCAUGGAGGACCUCUCCAGAUCCCUGAUGCAGUCCUUGGACACCACAAAAAUCUGCCUCGGCCUGCUGGCCAAGAUGGAAAAAAACAACGGCAGCGGUGCUGGAGAGGCGCGCGGGGGCUGGAGGAGCGAACACUCGGUCUGCGUGCGGUGCCGCCGGUGCCUGGAUGACAGCUGCCCGCACCACAGCGGCUCCGCAGCCACCACGGCCAUGGGCACGGUGACCGCCUCGCUCUGCUCCCUGGGUGUGGUGGUGAGGGUGGAGGAGGUACAGCUGCACGUUGGGUUGCGCUUCGAGCUGUCCGUCGGCGGGAAGACGCUGCACACAUGGGAGAAAACCGUGCGGCUGCCCAAACGUUGUGGCAGUGAGGAAUACUGCGAGGAGUGCGGAGAGCCUCUGUCCAGAAGUCCCGAGGACUGGGGGACGCAGCAAGGGGGGUCCCAUCCCAACACAGCCUCCCAGUGGCCCCUGCCCCCCUGGGCACAGCCAGUCCCCCCGGAUGCUUCAGAAUGGCUGCAGAGAGCAGGGAUGGAGCCCCUGCCCCAGGUGGAGUGCAGGGUCCCGGGGCACUGCAGCACAGGGCAGUGCCUCCUCUGCUUCCGGUGCAGGGUGAAGAGCGGAGGGAAGAACCCACAGAUAGCGGGGACAGCUGAGGGCAGCAGAGAGAUCAGCAUCUGACAGCACUGUGGGAAGGGACCAGCUGCCACCCGCCCCUCUGCUGCCUGAUUUUGAGUUCUCAGCUACGGUCUAGGGAGCACCAGCAAUAAAGGGGACUGUGGCAUACUGUGAGCAUGGGUGGGAGUUUGAUUCGAGGAGCCAUUUUCCCCCAUUCCCCUCCCCACAGCCGUACCAACACCCCCAUGGGGUGUGCUGGGGCCUGGUGUAGUAGAGGACAUGUUGGCUACUGCUGCUGAUGGGGACUCUUCACCAUGAUGAUGAUAUCUCCAUUAUGUUUGAAAAGUCACGGCUGUCAGGCAAAGUCCCCGAGGACUGGAAAAGGGAAACGUCACUCCCAUCUUUAAGAAAGGGAGAAAGGAGGACCCAGGGGACUACAGGCCGGUGAGCCUCACCUCUGUGCUGGGAAGAUCAUGGAGCUGAUCCUCCUUGGAAGAGAUGUUCAAGAACAUGAGGGACAAACAGGUGAUCAGAGACAGCAAGCACAGCUUCACCAAGGGCAGAUCAUCCCUGACCCAUCUGGUGGGCUUUA